AUGGCCGCCGCCAUCACCAGCUGGGUGCUCAACCCAAUUCAAUCUUUGACAAUGUCUCGACCGCGUACUCGUGAGUUAUGGUGCGCUUUAUCCGAUGGUCUUCAGAAGUCAUUUCCUGUGGAAUGUGUUGCAGACCAAGAUAAUAUCAACACUCUCAAAAAGAAGAUCUGGGAAGAAAUCAGGGAAAAAAUCAAGGAUACCAUACCUCACUACAGUGAUCUCAAGCUCUACAGCCCUGUGGUGCAACUCAAUCAUGAAGAGAAGUUCAGGAUUGAUGAUGGUGAAUUUCUACGUCCACGCCGAAUGAUCACGACCAACCCACUCUUCCCCGAAAGCAAGGAUCCAGAUGUGGAUAUUGUUGUUGUUGUGAGCGGAGAUACAACUACACGGAAACGGAAGCAUUCUGAAUCACAAAGUGGUGAGAGUAUUGUCACAACCUGGCUUCUCUCGUAUCGUACCUAG